AUGAUCCGCGCGUCCAAGCGUGGCAAGACGCUACGGAAAGAAGCGCGUUUGCCUGCUCAGGAGCUGGCCGACUUCAAGAACCUCUUAGCAUCACUAGAGUAUGAAGAGACAUGUGACGUAGGUCAACAGCUAAGCGUGGAUGCCCGAAAUCGGCGUCAUAUACAGGCAGCUCUCUCUGACGCUCUUGUUCACCCAGAGCCUUCUGAUUGGCGACAAUCACUGGGCGAACAUGCCUUGGAUGAAAUUCGGCGGCGUCCUAUGCUAUUAUGGCCUUUAAGUGCUGCAGAUGUACCUUCACCGAAUUGGCUCCUAUCUGAAGAGGUAGCUGCCUUGACGAAAGAGCACCUGAACCCAUAUACCCAGGGCCAACUGUGGAUCGCCAUCCAAGCGUGUCUUCAUACAAUCCUAUUGCAUAUCGCCUGGUCAGAGCCUGCCUCUAUCUCGACGGAAUCUUUGCAACGUGAAGUCAACAAGUGCAAGUCCAACCCGGCCAUGUACAGAGCGGAUGCACUUCGCACGUUUCUCCAGUACCGACAUUGGAAUCUAGACCGACAUUCUAAAGCUCGAACAUUGGACUGGCGCGAUAUUCUUCAACACGCCUUGGCUUCCGAGAAUGCAGCACUUGUUCACGCUGCUGAACAGGUAUUGGAACUCAUGUCGUCUUUGUACCAUGCCCAUCCCCGCGAAGUGCAUCUGGAAAAGCGAACGUGGCUGAUAAACAAUACACCCGAUAUUCUCCAGCGCGCAUCUCUGCUUCGACGUGCACGCGAUCUCGAUGUUUCUUACAAUGUCAUGGACCAUGUCUAUGAGUCGAUUGACGGGUCAGACCCCCUGGCAGACAAGCAUGAUGCUUGGAAACAUGCAGAGGAGGCCUUCUUAUGGGAUAGUGAUACCACGUCAGACGCUGCAUCCGACACGUCGUCAGAAGCUACAUCGGGCGAUGAGUCCGACGAUGUGGCUCCAGAGCCACCUGCUUCUAUUUUUCAAAAACGCGCGCAUCUAUCGCCCCCGCGAGCGGCAAAACGAAUGCGUCGAGGCUUUUGA